AUUUGCCAUUGUACAUGCCCAAUCGCCGAUACUUUCCGCAUUUAACUUGGAUGACACUUUUAUUUCAUCAUUAGCAACAGACUGACUGACACGGUGGACCCGGUUCGCGUUUUGACGAAAGAGCCCGGAAUGACACAUCUCCACGCUUAUGCAUCUUUUAUUUAAUUUUUUUUUUUUUUUUUAGCGCUCAAACCUUUUUAGUUGAUUCCUUCUUUAGUCUAGAAGGACGCGUGUUUUGACGCGCUCUGCUUGUGUUAAAUCAAGUCGACGCGUUAAAUCAACGAGAAGAGUAAAACAGGAACUUAUAUACCGACUGUGUGUGUAAGCGAGCCUUGCUUCUUUUUUCUUCUUCUUCUUCUUCUUCUCUUUUAAUUCCUGCUUCCGUGGUCCUCUGCGCGUUCAGACCACAAAACACAGCGAUGCCAGAGACAACGCAAGAGACGUGCGCUUCGGCCAAGGACUCUCCUUUCUUCAUUAAGAACCUGCUGAACUGUGAUAGCAAACCAUCCAAGCCUAAGCCCGUGCUGGCUGCAACCAAGGCGGCUUUGGAGGGAGGCUUUUCGUUUUCCCAGGUCGGGGAAUUCAGCUUCCCACGCUUCGACCUGCCCGCGCAGAGAUUCAGUCUACCGGCUCACUACCUGGAGCGCACCUCGGCGUGGUGGUACCCCUACGCCCUGAGCUCGUCCACCCACCUCCACAGAACCGAAGUUAUUGAAAAACUAGCAGCCAGAGACGCGUCUCCAACCUCGGGCACGGACAGAGACUCGCCGGACCUGGUUCUCAAAUCCGAGCCCGACGUAAAAGACGACGACGACGACGAUGAACACAACAACAACAAAAGCGGCGACGAGAUCAUCCUGGAGGAAAGCGACACGGACGAAGCCAAAAAAGACGACCUGGAGGAAUGGAAGAAGAGGGACGACGACAAGAAGCCGUGCCGCAAGAAGAAGACGCGCACGGUUUUCUCCCGCAGCCAGGUGUUCCAGCUGGAGUCCACCUUCGACAUGAAGCGGUACCUAAGCAGCUCGGAGCGGGCCGGCCUGGCCGCGUCCCUCCACCUGACCGAGACCCAGGUGAAGAUCUGGUUCCAGAACCGGAGGAACAAGUGGAAGAGGCAGCUGGCCGCGGAGCUGGAGGCGGCCAACCUGAGCCACGCCGCGGCUCAGAGGAUAGUCCGGGUGCCCAUCCUCUACCACGAGAACUCGGUCUCGGAGGGCGGAAGCGCCGGUGCCAACGUGCCCGUGAGCCAGCCGCUGCUCACCUUCCCGCAUCCGGGCGUCUACUACUCGCAUCCCAUCGUCACGUCCGUGCCGAUGCUCAGACCCGUUUGAAAAAAAAAAAAAGAAAAAGAAGAAGAAGGAAAAAAAAGCUUGGUGUAGAUUUUCAAAGUCAUCCAAAAAGUAAAAAGAUUAAAAAAAAGACUUCAUAUUUUUGUACAAAUGACUGAAUGAAGGAGAAAAAAAAGGGAAAAAAUCAAGACACACGGUCGGGCCUACAUGGACCUUUUUUGGCAAAUAUAUUGUGUCAUUUUUCACUUGAUCCUACAACUCAAAAUCCCAUGUUUUCUGUUGUUGUUAUUAUUAUUGUUAACAUUAUCUCAGACAUAUGUAUUUAUCACCUCAGGAGUCCACCUGCUCACAUGUGUGUCUUUCCUUUAGUUUUUACAGCACGAGUAUUUCUGGACAGACAACUCCACAACCAUUUUUUUUAAAACUUGUUUACAAAAAUUGGCGACCUAAACGCGCGGGCUUAUUUACCUUUACACAAAUCAUUACACGAUGAUGUGCAAUCCGAUGAAGGUGUGCCGUGACUGAAUGCAUCUAAACGGAAAACUAGGGUUUGACAUCAGUGGGAUAAUGAUGGGGUUUUGUUGUCAUUUUCUUUUUUUUAAGCGCUUGACGGGGUACAAUCAAAACACUUUCAAACUGUAAAAUACCAUGUUGCUUUAUGUUGAGUUUUAGUGAGUCCCUUGUUUCCUCUGAAUGGACAAAAGCACAAGCGUAAGCUCCCAAUGCCGCUUAAACUACUGUGUGCUUUUGAACAGGAGCAGCAAAAAAAAAGUCGACUACACUAGUGUAAAAAAUAUGUAAAUGUAUAUAUUUAAUGAGGAACUGGGGGAGAGCUGCCAAUUCUCAUUUGUACAGUGAAAAAAACCUUUUUGAUAUUGUAUUGCUGAACCAUGUUGUGAAAUAAAUGGAGAAAUCCAUACAUUUUAUAA